AGAGCAGUUUUUAUCAUCUUCAGGAAGGCAGAAAGACGUACACAGUGAAACUCUGGACCGCUUAUGUAUCCCUUACAAAGUGGUUUAAAAGGAUCCGCAUAGUAUACUUUCAGCAGCACUCUAUUUUUCACUUUUUCUGAAGAUUUUCUCUUGGUCUAAAUUGUCUUUUAUUAUAUAAAGAGUCUCCUUUCAUGUGUUUUUAGCGUUAUUUCUUUUUGCACUGAAAAUUUGUUUUCUUGAAUUGUUUUUGUAUUGGUUUUGGCCCCGGGGAUGAAUAGUUUUAAGAUGAGUGGAAAGGUCACCAAAGGCAGAAGAGACGUGUUAAAAAUGUUUGUGGCUUUAUUUUCUGUUUCUUUGGUUUAUUCUUACAACAUCGACUUGGACCAUCCCGUGGUUUAUCAGGGACCCAAAGGGACAUUCUUUGGAUAUUCUGUCCUGGAGCACUACCAUGACAAUACAAGAUGGGUCAUAGUAGGAGCCCCCAAAGCAAACUCCACCUUCAGUAUCUCAGUAAGUUCCCCAGGAGCCAUCUUCAAAUGCAGAGUGCACAGCAACCCCGAGAAGAGGUGCACAGAGAUGGACAUGGGCAGAGGUAAUGAGCGGAGUUCGUCGUGUGGUAAAACCUGCAAGGGGGACAGGGAAAACGAGUGGAUGGGAGUGAGCCUCGCUCGACAGGACAGAGCCAAUGGAAGCGUGCUGGCCUGUGCUCACCGCUGGAAGAACGUCUUCUAUGGGUCUGAACACAUCCUGCCACAUGGCUUCUGCUCCAUCAUCCCACCCAACCUGCAGCGCAAAGGACGAGAUCUCAUUCCAUGCUACGAAGAGUAUAAAAAGAAAUAUGGAGAAGAACAUGGCUCAUGCCAAGCUGGAAUUGCAGGCUUCUUUACUGAGGAGCUGGUAGUGAUGGGAGCCCCCGGGUCAUACUACUGGACAGGCACAGUCAAAGUGUUAAACCUGACUGACAACACCUCCUACAAGCUGCGGGACGGGUCCAUCGGAGCAAGCAGAUACAGCUAUCUAGGAUAUGCUGUGACGGCCGGUCACUUCUCCCUGCCCACUGCCACUGAUGUUGUUGGAGGUGCUCCACAGGAUGGGGGAGUAGGAAAGGUUUACAUUUUUAAAACAGAGAGGGGAUCCCUCGUGAAGAUUUUUCAAGCCUCAGGGAAAAAGAUGGGCUCUUACUUUGGCUCCUCCUUAUGUGCAGUUGACCUGAACCAGGACGGCUUGUCAGAUCUGCUGGUCGGGGCCCCUAUGUUCAGCGAGAUCAGAGACGAGGGCCACGUAGCUGUCUUCAUCAACAAGGGAAACGGGGUCCUGGAGGAAAGGGUGCUCCUGAACGGGGACAACGCCUACAACGCCCACUUUGGGGAAAGCAUCGCCAUGCUGGGAGACAUCGACGACGACGGCUUCCCAGAUGUUGCCAUUGGAGCCCCCAAAGAGGAGGAUUUUGCGGGAGCUGUCUAUAUCUAUCACGGUGACGCCCGCGGGAUUGUAGCAACAUAUUCCAUGAGGCUGUCGGGACAAAACAUCAACCCAGCGCUGCAGAUGUUCGGUCAGUCUAUAUCGGGGAAUGUGGACAUGGAUGGAAAUGGUUAUCCAGAUGUCACCAUUGGAGCCUUUAUGUCAGAUAAUGUGGUGCUGCUGAGGGCCCGGCCAGUCAUCACGAUUGACAUCUUGAUAUUCCUCCCCGUCUCCAUCAACAUCACAGCUCCUCAGUGUCACGAUGGCUCCCAGCACCUCAACUGCCUCAACGUGUCAGCCUGCCUGCGCUUCAGAGGAAAACAAGUGCCCGGACAGAUAGGGCUGGUUUACAACCUGACAGCAGAUGUGACAAAGAGAGAGAAGGGGCAGCAGUCCCGAGUGGUCUUCGUGCUGAACGGGGAGCUGACGAGUCACCUGAACGAGCAGAUCCAGCUCUCUUACAACGAGGAGAAGUGCCGGCACUACGUGGCUUACGUCCGGAAAGAGGUGAAGGACGUCUUUUCCCCGAUCAUAUUUGAAGCUGCUUACAGCCUGGGUGAACAUGUGAUUGACAGCAAAGAUGACAAGGAGCUGCCGGCACUGAAGCCAAUCCUACGCUGGAAGAAAGGAGGCAAGAUAGCUCAGAGAAACCAGACAGUGUUUGAGAGGAACUGCCUAUCAGACGACUGUGCUGCAGACCUGAGGCUCCGUGGAUGGUUAUUGCUGCCUGGCGUGGACCCCAAGCCCUACCUGGCACUGGGGGCCGUGAAGAACAUCUCUCUCAAUGUCUCCAUCUCCAACGCCGGGGACGAUGCCUAUGACACCAACGUCUACUUCAACUUCUCCAGAGAGCUCUACUUCAUCAAGAUGUGGCAGAAGGAAGAAAAGGGCAUUUCCUGUGAACUCUUGGAGUUGGACUUCCUGAAGUGCAGUGUGGGAUUUCCUUUCAUGAGAGCACAGUCCAAGUACCACCUUGGAGUUAUUUUUGACACCAGUCAUCUAUCCGGAGAUGAAGAGAACAUGCAAUUCCUUGUCAGCACACAAAGUGCCAACCCAGAACAUGAGGACGCAUUAUUAGACAACACCCUUCACCUGUCUGUCCCUCUGAUCCAUGAAGUUGACACAACAAUCACAGGGGUGGUGUCCCCUAACUCCUUUGUGUAUGGAGACUCAGUUGAUGCUGACAGAUUUGUUCAGAUGGAUGACAUGCAGUGUUUCUUCCAGCCUGUCAAUUACACCUUCCAGGUUAUUAACAGAGGGCCAAGCCGUUUGCCCGGCUCAACAGUACACAUUAUGCUUCCGAAUCGACUUGGAAGCAGUGGAGCAGAGAUGCUGCAUGUUCAAGAGACAGUGGUGGGUCAGGAAAGAGGGAACUGCACAUACCACAGAAAUCCUACACCAUGCACAAUCCCCCAGGAUCGGGAGAGCAUCUUCCAUACCAUCUUCGCAUUCUUCUCUAAGUCAGGCAGGAAAGUCAUGGACUGCGAGAGGCCAGGCAGGCCCUGCCUAAUCAUCACCUGCCUCCUGUCUCCAUUGGCAAAAGAAGAAUCGAGAAGUAUAGAUGUGAGGAUUCUGCUCAAUACAGAGAUACUAAAGAAGGACACCUCGUCAGUAAUACAGUUUGUGGCGAGGGGCAGUGUGAUGGUGGAUACCAGUCUCCGGGCGGCGGAGGUCUCCAGUGGGCUUCCUGAACAUACCACUGUGGUGUUUGAAGCCCUGCACAAUAUGGAGCCUCGUGGCUACGUGGUCGGUUGGAUCAUCGCCAUCAGCCUCUUAGUGGGGAUUCUCAUUUUCCUGCUGCUUGCGGUUCUGCUCUGGAAGAUAGGCUUCUUUCGUCGGCGAUACAAAGAGAUUAUCGAGGCAGAGAAGAACAGGAAGGACAGUGAUGAGAGCUGGGACUGGGUCCAGAAGAGUCAGUGAAUGGACACUCUUGUCACGUGACACCUAUAUGUCAUCCUAUUGGUUCUCAAUCAUGAACCUUCCAUAUGUGGAAGAAAAGAAUCUUCUCCAGAUUUUUCGGAGACUUGAUAAUUAUUAUUUUUUUGUGUAAAAUCUGCGUGGAGUUGACAGUGGGAACUAUUCCUGAGGCAAUCAUGUGACCCAAUUGGAGGAAUUUGUACUUCCUGUUGGAGUUUAACUUUGAACUCUGGAAAGAAAAGAACUCCUAAGGAAGGGGGUGGAUGGUAUGAAGACAUAUGCGGUAAAAACCCUCAGGGUAUUGAACUCUUGUUAGCAAUAUUAUUAUUUUUUUAAUACAUAUAUGUUUUUUUUGUACUGAAUGUGUCUGUCUGGAAAAUAUAUCAACAAUGUAUUUUUUUCUGUC